AUGGAGUGCAAUAUUAAGGCUCUGAAUAUAAUAACCAUUCCGGUGACUCCGUGUUCGCAUUCGCGCCUCACAACCACCGAGAGCGGCGUCCAAUCAGCUCUGCAUAAGCUGGACACAAUGGAUGAGAGCGUGGAGGGAACAGUGCUGAGUGCUUUGCUCUUGGUGGAGAAUAAGUAUCGCCACAUCUUCGAGAAUUUUAAGAAGGAGAUGGAACUGCAAGCGAUAGCGGCCUCGACGCUAUGGGAACUCAUCCAGCGGUACAGGAUCGCCAUGGAGGUGGACGCGAGCUCUGAGUGCACGCAGCUGUAUGACGUGGAGCCGAAGGAGGAGAUUAUCCAGAAGUACUACCUACACUACAACGUCAUCGUCAGCUCCAACAAGAGCCAGUGGUGCGUAAUUCAGUCCUUGCGGUCGUAUGUCCUGGCCUGCAGGCGCGAAUGCAAGAAACUGAAUCUCGAGGAGGAGACGCCUUUCAUCAUGGGCGAUGCCUUUUACAAGCUCAUACUGUUGUUCAUCGAUCUGGUGGACGAGCUGUUCAACUACUUUCUCAGCAUGCACUUGAAGCUGGACUGCGCCGCCAGUCAACUAGAUCCCAUGGAUCUGGAAAGCCUGGAGCACUACCAGAAGCUGCUGAAACCCAACGAAGACUUCGAGGAGUAUUUCCUGUACAAUCUGAGCUACUGCCAAUGUCUCCGCAUGCCGCCCAAGUGUCCGGAAACCCGUGUAUACACAAGCAUAGAAAAUGCAGAAAUGAAAAAUGAGGCCAUGGAACAACAAAACGCUGCGCCGGUGACGCAGGACACUGAAGUGCCCCCAAACAAUGUCGUUCCACUAAUGUCUGGCAAACUGAUCUCCGUUCUCCUCAGUGCCCCGGUCGAGUUGCACUUAGUUAGUGAGCGUCACACUCGCGAACUGGUCCAUCAAGUGCAUAGUGCCAUCAGUCAAUCCUAAUAGCUCCGAAACUGUAUAAUCCACAUGGGCUGUGCCAACAACUAUCAAACUAUAAGACUUAACAUGUAACAUCCAUCGGGGAAAUUCGUCCACCCUCUCGUUACACCUAAAAUGUUCUAUCGUUGCAAAG